CAAGCUCCCGAGCCUCCCUCCCUUCCUCUCCCUUAUCACACUACAGGCUUACGUUCGGCUUUGCCGCGCAGUGGGCAGCCGGGUGCCAGGUGGAGUUCUCCCCCAGCAGUGCAACCCCUCCCCCGGUGCCCGGCACCGCUCCGCGGGCAUGAACAUUGGAUAAUGAGACUCAGAGAGUGUGGAAAAGAAACAACACGGUGCAGAUUGCAGAAUAAGCUGACAGCCUGGCAUUCCAUUCCCCAUCUGCCGCUCUCGCUAUUCAAUUUAAUUGAAAUAAUCCUCCACGUCCCCCUCUCCGACUACCCCCAGUCCACGUCGUCCUCGGUCCUACGACGCAACGUGUGCGCCCAGGUGUCAAGUACCCGUCACCCUCUGCUUUGUCCGACCGCCUCCUCCUUUCAUCUUCCACAAGAUCUUCCGCUGCGUUUCUGCUGUGCCUGCCCAACCGAGUCAACCGGCUGCAGCUCUUGGGACUUUGGACUCUGCGAGUCUCGGAAAGGCCAUGUCAGGAUUGUCGCCAAGACAUAA